CCCUCCAUUCAAACGUGCUGGGAAUAUAUAGACAGCUAGGCUGGCACGGGAGCUCCCCAGACUGCAGGCAGCGUUCUCCCUGGCAGUGCCCGUGCUUGUCUGCCCACAUUACCAGGCUGGACGUGAUUGCUCUGUCCCCUCUCCUCCCCGCUAGAUCCUGCCCUGCUACACCAGAUCCUGCCAAUCAGGGCGAGGGAGCCUCACUGCACCAGCUGCCCCUUCCUCCCCAGCCAGGGAGCUGCUGCGGAACCUCCUCCCCACCCUGCCACCCGCCUGUCCCCCCUUUAUUUCAUAUAACCAGGGUCGGCAUGCCCCUCUGACUGAUGUGCAGGAGAUAAGGCCAGGAAGGGGCACCCCGAGCAUCAUUCUCUGCCCCCUAAGAAGGGCUCCCAAGGACCAAGUCAGCUGAUGCCAGUGCCACCCCUCUCUCCUGCAUGUAAGGCUAGCUCUUCAUGGACUUCAUGUUCUAUACGUUUUCCAUGCUUAUGCCAUUGAUGUGCCAAUCCUAAUAGGAAUUGGCAUACCAGCACUAAAGAAGAAUAGCAUUCUGCAUCUAAAUUCCUAUGCCAGACAUGGAGCCAGAACAUAAGAUCCAGCAUGUGGAGAUGCCACCUUCCCUGGGUUAUGUGGACAUUGUCAUUCAAAGUGCUGGGCAAUUCAUUGGAGCCCUGAAAGAAUGCAAGGACUGUGGCUGGGCAUCAUCAUGGCACACCUUACAGACUCAUGCCCAUUUCUCCUGGAUUGAGUUGUUGUGUGUUAUACUUUGUGCCCUGGCAUGGACUGGUCUACGCAUGGCAACUACUACAUGGAUCUUUCAACCAUUUAGUAAAUGGUGUCAGCUGCGGCCAAGAGAAGCAGAAAAGGUUCCAGAGAGUGCAUGGAAGCUCCUCUUCUACAGUUGUUCCUGGACUUAUUGUUCAUACCUCCUUUUCUUCACCGAACACAACUUCUUUCAUGACCCCCCUUCUACAUUUAAUGGUUGGAAGUCAGGAGUGGCUGUGCCCAAGGAAAUUGUGCUUGUAUAUCUCAUCCAAGGCAGUUUCUAUGCUCAUUCUACAUAUGCUACUUUAUAUAUGGACGCAUGGAGAAAAGACUCCAUUGUAAUGAUAGUACAUCAUGUGGUCACCUUCACUCUAAUUUCUUUUUCAUAUGCUUUCCGAUAUCACAACAUUGGAAUUCUAGUACUUUUCCUUCAUGAUUUUAAUGACAUUUUGCUGGAAUUCACCAAACUCAACAUCUACUUCAAAACACGAGGUGGAACAUACCAGAAAAUCAAUGGCAUUAUUACAGAUAUUGGCUCCGUACUGUUCAGUGUUAGCUGGUUCUGGUUCCGGCUCUACUGGUUUCCAAUUAAGGUCCUUUAUGUCACAUGCUGUUCCAGCCUUGAAUCUAAUCCAAACAUCCCAUUUUAUUUCUUCUUCAAUGUCCUACUAUUCUUAUUGACACUUAUGAAUAUUUAUUGGUUUUUGUACAUUGUUAUGUUUGUGGUGAAAGUGCUAACCGGCCAGGUUAAAGAAGUAAAUGAUGUCCGGGAAUAUGAUAUCUCUGAAGGUCAGAAAAUGGGGGUCCAGGAUUACAACAAUACAUCUACAAGGCACAAGGAUACCAUGAAUAGCAAGCAACACAUGUCAAACGGAUAUGUAAAGAAGAAGAGAGUGUAACAGUGGUUCAUUACAGUCCUAUAUACUGUGGUAUUCUUCCAUCCAACAAAGAGUUAUACAGCCUUGUAUUGCCAGACAUGUGCUACAAAGAACUGAUUUUUUUAAUUUUAUUUAACUACUGUAUUAUCAGCGCCUCAACAUAAUUCACCUCAGAACCUCAAGUAUUUAACAUAUUCUUGUGCAUUAACAUUAUAUUGUUUUAUGGAACAGUUGAUGCUGAACUUAACAAUUGUUUUAAUAUUUCUUAACUAUAACAAAAUCUAAACGAUCAUGUGUUCUUUGCAUUUUAUACCCUUGACUGGUAUUGUUAAUGUUUAUUAAGUAAGGGAUAAAAUCUACUCAGUAACAGGUAAGUAAGCUAUAGAGCAAUGGUUCCUUUCUUAUUUUGUGGCCCAAUUCUAUCAAAAUCUAAUAACCCACCAACCCCAAAUUAAAAUUCUUGGCUUACCUUUUCUUUCAAGACCUAUAUUGUUUAUAUUUUUCUACCGACAGAGUUGAAUUAGGGCUUACUUUCUGUGGUCACGGUGUACUUUUUACAGUUACCCUUUCUUUUACCAUAUAGCGCAUAAAGUCGGAAAAAAAUUAUUUCUAGGGUAAAAUUGCAAAAAAGUGGAAUUGCACAAUUUUGCGUGCAAUCAUUUUUUUCUGAGUUCACUGUACAGUAAAACUUACUAAAAACCUGCUAUAUUUAUUUCUAUGGGUCAGUACAAUUCCAACAAUAACAAAUUUGAAUCAUUUUUGUUUUGUUUUUUUCCAAUUAAUAAACAAAUAAGUAAAUAAAUAAAUCUGUGCCAUG